AUGCCCACGCUGACAGACUUAGUCCAACUAUUAUCUGUCCCCGCACACAUAACCACAAUGGGCUCCGUCACAGACUCAACCGCCGCUGUAUGGCUAUGGAACGGCAACGUUCCCUCGCGCAUUGAGGAAUGCGCCCAUGAACUCAUUCACAAGCAAGCAAAGCUGCGGCCACACGCCCUUGCUGUCGACGCACAUGACGGAACAUGGACAUACGCCGAGCUUGACGAGGCAUCUAAUCGCGUUGCCCACUAUUUGGUCGGACUGGGCAUCCGACCAGAGAACGUUGUCCCCUUGUGCUUCGAGAAGUCAAGGUGGGCAAUCGUUGGUAUUCUUGGUGUUUUGAAGGCUGGAGCUGCAAUGGUGUUCUUAGACCCGUCACAUCCGGAAUCGCGAAGGCAGCAUAUCACUUCGGAAGUGGAAGCGAAAGUGAUUAUCUCCUCCCCCCAGCAAGCGCAUCUCUACGGAACCAACUUCCCGCCCACAUUUAUUCUCAGCAAAGAUACCCUAGAAAGUCUUCCACACCACACUAGCGCACCAAAGACUAUCGUACAACCAUCUAAUCUAUUGUAUAUUAUUUUCACUUCAGGAAGUACCGGAACUCCAAAAGGAUGUUUAAUUGAGCAUAGAGCCUUCUUGAGUGGCUCAUUACGACAUGCCGAGCGAGCAAACAUUAUCUCAUCAAGUCGCGUCUUGCAGCUCGCAUCUUACACCUUCGAUGUCAGUAUGCUCGAAAUCAUAACCUCCCUGAUUCACGGCGCAUGUAUCUGCACCCCUGACAUGGCGAUGAUGACGAAUGGUCCUGCUUAUAUCAUCAAUGAAUACAAGAUCACCUGGACGUUCAUGACACCUUCGUUGGUUAAGCUCAUGGCUCCUAGCAUGGUGCCAACUCUCAAGACGCUUGCAUUGGGAGGCGAGCCGCUUUCAAAGAUUGAUGUCGAGAAUUGGGCUGGCCAGGUCCAACUUGUGAAUGGCUACGGGCCUUCCGAGUGUUCAGUUGCCGCUACCGGGAACACUAAGAUGACCCCUGAAACCGAUCCUGCGAACAUCGGAUAUCCAGUGGGAGGUAUCUGUUGGAUUGUCGAUGCUGAGGACCACGACAUCCUUCUUCCUCCAAAUGAAGUCGGCGAACUUCUUAUUGAGGGCCCAAUUCUAGCCCGCGGAUAUCUAAAGAAUAAGGAAAAGACGGACGAGGUUUUCAUUGAGCGACCAGCAUGGGGACCGACCACAAGGGCAGGAGAGGACAGAAGGUUCUACAAGACCGGGGAUCUUGCGAAGUUCUUGCCAGAUGGUUCAAUCUACUUCAUCGGACGAAAGGACACCCAGGUGAAACUGCGAGGACUUCGGAUCGAGCUAGGUGAGAUUGAACACCAUAUCGGAGUACACCCGCAGGUCCGCCACAGAAUGGUGAUUCUUCCGAAGAAGGGAUUGUUUGCAAAUCGCCUCGUUACCUUAGUUUCGCUGAAGGACUACUUGGUAGAAAGCAUGGAGGCUGUGGAAUCCACUGCGUAUGUCCACGAGGAUAUGUACAGCGAGGAGGUUCAGGGCCAUAUCCAUUCCAUUCGAGAGGGACUGAAGGCCAAUGUUCCUGAAUACAUGGUUCCCGAAACCUGGAUCGUCCUUGAAAGAUUUCCGCUCUUAAUAUCCGGAAAACUAAACCGUUCAUUUAUCAGCAACUGGGUGGCGGAGGCGGACAAUGAGCUUUACCGCCAAGUUGUUGGCCUCGAAUUUGAAGAAGCACCCGACGAGGAGGACUCCGGCAGCGUCGAGGAACAGCUUCGAUCUAUCAUCUCGGCUGUUCUUAAUCUCCCUCUCAUGAACAUCAGCCUCCAAAAGUCCUUCCUCAGCCUUGGAGGCGACUCCAUCACCGCGAUGCAAGUAAUGGCUCGGUGCAGAGGCGCUGGACUCGCUGUUAGCGUGAAGGACAUUCUUAGGAGUAAAUCUAUCACUGAUUUGUCCUACUGCAUCAAGUCCGCGAGCGAGACUGCCUACUCCACCGAGGAGAAGUUCGAUGUCGCAUUUGAACUAUCGCCAGUUCAGCGAAUGUAUUUCGAUAUUGCUCCACCCGAUAUUGAUGAUUCGCGCCAGACACGCUUCAACCAGAGCUUCUUUUUGAAGGUUGAACGACCAGUUGCGGUAUCAAGUGUUGCCAGGGCCCUCGAGCUCGUUGUUGCCCAGCAUUCCAUGCUCAGAGUCCGAUUUAUUCAAGAGAACGGCAGAUGGAUGCAAUACAUCCAAUCUCAGAUUGAGGAUUCCUUCUCCUUCAAAGUUUACGACAUCAACACCGCUCAGGACGCAUAUCCUAUUAUGACGGAAACACAAACCUCCUUGGAUACCCAGAUGGGACCGAUCUUCGCGGUUGCUCUCUUUAAUACAGCAUCUGAGGGUCAGCAACUCUUCUUGGUCGCCCACCACGUUAUGAUUGACUUGGUCUCAUGGCGUGUGAUUCUUCGUGACUUGGAGGAGGUUUUGACCACUGGUUUGUUGACUGGAGAGAAGCCUCUACCAUUCCAGAACUGGCUAGCGCUUCAAUCCGAUCAGGCGAAGGUAGUGGAUGUGGAUAGCGUUCUACCAUAUACCAUUCCCUCUCCCGACUUCGACUACUGGGGCAUGGCUGACAAACCAAAUCGAAUGUGCGACACCCAAGAAGCGACCAUCACCUUGGACUCCGCCCAGACCAGGGAACUUCUUGAGGGAGCAUGUCAUGUCACCUACAACACUGAGCCCAUUGACAUUCUUUUAGCAUCUCUCGUCUAUUCUUUCAACCAGAUCUUCAGCGACCGUCCUGUACCUGCACUCUUCCGUGAAGGACACGGCCGUGAGCCGUGGGACGACGAUAUGGACAUCUCUGGUACCGUUGGAUGGUUCACAACGAUGUACCCUCUCUACGUAGACAUGAAAGAAGCUUUUAGCAUGCUGGAUGUUGUCAAGCGCGCCAAGGAUGUUCGACACAGCGUUCCCGCGAAUGGCCGCCCAUACUUUGCGUCUCGGUACCUCAACGAAGCCGGUAUUGCUAAAUUUGGUAGCCAUGAUCAUGUCGAAGUGUCUUUCGAUUACCUAGGUCUCUACCAACAGAUGGAGCGCUCUGGUGCUCUCCUGACUCAGGUUCCUGGCUACCAGGCCAUCUUUGAGGACGUCGGGAAGGAGGCCCCACGUUUCGCUCUAGUGGAGAUCACUGCAGAGGUACUCCAAGGUCAAAUGCAGCUGCUCUUUGUGUUCAACAAGAACAUGAAGAACCAGAAUUUGAUUCAAUCUUGGAUUAAGAACUGCAAGUUAUGCCUUGCAAACUGCCUCGACCAGUUGCAGAACCGCCCGCAGGAGCUAACGCUUUCCGAUUUCCCGCUGCUGAAGCUGACUUAUGAAGAUCUCAACACCCUCGUUCAAACCAAGCUCCCGGAGAUUGGCGUUUCCGACAUGCAGCUUGUUGAAAGUGUUUAUCCUAGCUCUCCAAUGCAACAUGGCUUGUUGAUCAGCCAGGUUCGCGCGGAGUCGCAGGGCGCGUAUGAAUACAAUCACACUCUAAAGGUCGAGACAAGAAAUCUUUCGAACAGUCUAGAUAUAGGGACUUUGGAAGUGGCUUGGGCUAAGGUUGUGCAGCGCCACACAUCUCUGCGAACUGUUUUCGUAGAGAGUGUGAGCCACGCAGGGCUUUAUGACCAGGUUGUGUUCAAAACAAUUGAUCCCAAUAUCUAUGUCCAGCAAUGCAAGGAGGAUGAAGUGGAUAAAGUCUUCAGCUCCAGGGGGAAGCUCGCAUUCUAUCCUGGUGGUGCUCUGCACCGAUUCACGAUCUGCCCUGUGUCUGCGACCGCUGCUAUUUGCAAGCUCGAGAUCAACCAUGCUAUUAUCGAUGGUUCUUCCAUUGCUAAUCUCAUGGGUGAUUUCAUCAUGGCUUACGAUGGUCACCUUUCAGACCGCUCCGGCUUUGCCUUCGAAGAUUACAUCAAGCACGUCCUGGAACGGCCCGUGAGUAUAGCCACCAAUUUCUGGAAGGAAUACCUUGCGGGUAUCAAUCCCUGCUUCUUUCCCCUGAUGGCCCACUGGGAAGAUGCUAUUGAUCCUCAGAAGAAACUCGAAACAGUAUCAAUCGACGUUGGCAUGACGUCUACCGACUUAACGAAAUUUUGCAAUGACAAGAACGUUACGUUGGUCAACAUCUUCCAAUUUGCCUGGGGCUUGGUCCUCAAGCAGUACAUAGGAUCCGAGGACGUCUGCUUCGGGUACCUCUCUUCAGGUCGUGAUGCCCCACUGAGCGGCAUUGAGGAGGGCGUUGGAGCGUUUAUUACCAUGCUUGUUAGCCGUAUGGUUCUAGAGGAUUCUGACACUAUGUCCUCUGCCCUGGAAAAAGUUGCCGAUGACCUGACUCGCACCCUUCCUAACCAGCACUGUGGUCUUGCUGAGAUUCACCAUGCCUUGAAACUGGGCAGCCAACCACUCUUCAACACUAUCAUCUCUUUCCACAGAGAGACAGACCACGAGUUGCUCACUGACUCUAGCAUCAAAGUGGAAGCCAUCAAAGGCUAUGAUCCUACGGAAUACGCUCUAUCCCUUGAUGUUGGUGUCACUGAGAGCAAGAUCGAAGUCACAAUGCAAUUCUGGACUUCCGACUUCACUCUUGCUCAGGCCCAAAACAUUGGAGCGACUCUUGCCGAGGCUGUCAGGAAGACAGUUAAUCAUUCAGAGAAGAAAAUUGGCGAUGUCGACCUAGUCAGCGCGUCACACUUGGAGCAGCUUCGUAAGAUCACGUCCGUUUAUCCUCAGUAUGUCGAGGAGUGCGUCCAUCAUGCUAUCGAAAGCAUGGCCGCGGCGACCCCUGAUUCCGAGGCCGUUUGCUCGUACGAAGGCAGCUGGACCUACGAAGAACUCAAUAACCAAGCAACCCGCCUCGCCCAUCACCUGGUCUCUCUUGGUGUAGGCCCAGAAGUCAUAGUGCCGUACUGUUUCCAGAAAUCCGGUUGGGCCAUCGUAUCGAUCCUCGCAAUCCUGAAAGCUGGUGCUGCAGGUGUUGCGUUUGAUCCUAACCACCCCAUUAGUCGCCUUGAAGGCCUUGUUGAACAGACUGGCUCUACAAUCAUUUUAGCCGCACCCCAAAAUAUGCACCUUUUCACAAAUACUCCAAAUGUCGAGCACGUCGUCGGCAUCGACGCGGACUUUGUCUCCAGUCUGCCAGUCGUUAGCGGUGUACCAAACUCUACAGUCUCGCCUGAGAAUUCCUGCUUCAUUGUUUUCACGUCCGGAACUACGGGUAAGCCCAAGGGCAUAAUUCUAGAACACAGGAACUUGCGAACAUGCUGUACCUCCAUGGGGGAAGUUCUCGGAUUCGGUCCUAACACCCGCGCCCUUCAGUUCGCUGCAUACAACUUCGACGUUUCCCUCCAGGACAUCCUAACCACCUUGCAAAUGGGUGGUACCAUUUGCGUCAUUUCCGACGAAGAGAGAAUGAACGACCUCGCUGGUGGUAUCAACCGUUGCAAAGCCACUUGGGCUGAUCUUACGGCCACGGUUAGCGGUAUGCUGAAGCCCCAGGAUGUCCCUACCAUGCAGCGACUUAACAACGGUGGUGAACCGCUGAACCGUGAUGUCGUUGAGACUUGGGCCGAUCACGUUGAAUUUUACAACCUCUACGGGCCCGCUGAGACCACAGUCAACCAAACCGCCAGCGUCCGGCUUUCCAAGACUUCCCCAGCAUCGAACAUUGGUCCAGCGUACGGCACGCAUGUUUGGAUUGUCAACGAUCAGGAUUCCAACCGUCUCGUGCCAAUGGGUUGUGCUGGCGAAAUCUUGAUCGAAGGUCCCCUGCUCGCUCGAGGCUACCUGAAGGAUCCCGCCAAGACAGCGGCUGCAUUCAUCGAGAACCCUACCUGGGUCUCACAGUUUCCUGACCCUAACGCCAUCUUACCUCGUCGCUUCUAUAAGAGUGGUGAUAUUGGUUGCCUCAACACCGAUGGCAGUAUCACCAUCGUCGGACGUCGCGAUGCCCAAGUGAAGAUUAACGGCCAACGUGUGGAGCUUGACGAAAUCAUGUACCAAGCUCAAUUGGUUCUUCCCGAGGAUUACCAGGCUGUUAUUGAUGCUAUUUCCGUUGAGGGUAAUACUAAGAGCAAGACUAUAGUCGCUUUCAUCACCAACUCCGAGUUCUCUAAAUCGAAGAAGAGCGAAGACCAGUUGACGUUCGAAAUAGGCGAUGAUUUGAGGCGAAUCCUGAAAGACCUCCAGGGUGCUUUGGCUAAAGUGUUGCCCUUUUAUAUGAUUCCAUCUCUUUUUGUCCCCGUGUUUAAUAUUCCAUACACCAACUCUGGCAAGCUCGACCGCCCAAACCUGAGGUCCAUUGUAGCUACGUUCUCGAAAGACCAGAUCUCCCACUAUCAGCUCCGUUCUACCUCCCAUGAUCAGCCCCAAACUCCAAUGGAACAGGUUCUCCAGACAUUAUUCAGCCAAAUUCUCAGCAUCCAGCCGGAAACAAUUGGCAGAGAUGACAGCUUCUUUGGCCUAGGUGGAGACUCAGUCGGAGCUAUGAAAAUGGUCUCUGCGGCCCGCAAACGCAACGUUACCAUUAAGGUUGCCGACAUCUUCAAAUAUCCAACCUUGAGCGAGAUGGCAUUAACUGCCUACACAAGAGACGAAAGCAUUGCACAUGAUCUAGCCGCUUUCAGUCUGAUCCCCUCUGAUUCUAGGGACGAUGUCAUUGCAGAGGCUGCUGCCCAAUGCAGCCUCUCUGCGACUGACAUUGAAGACAUAUAUCCAACCUCAGCCCUUCAAGAAGGCAUGAUGGCCUUGGGGAUGAGGAAGAGAGGCGCUUACAUUGCACAGAAGGUCUUCCGUCUACCCCAAUGCUUCAACAUCCCACAAUUUCAGUCUGCGUGGGCCAAGGUCAUCGAAGCUGAAGCUAUCCUCCGCACUCGUAUCGUUUGUUCUGGCUCCGGGAACCUGCAAGUUGUCCACAAGCUUUCGAUCAGGUGGCAACAUGCCAUGGACUUAGAGGCCUACCUUACUAAGGACCAAGCUACAUCGUUCCAGUACGGCGAACAGCUUAUGCGCUUAGCCAUAGUCAACGAGGAGUACUUCGUCUGGACUGCACACCACGCCAUUUAUGAUGGAUGGUCCGUCGCCUUACUCUUCGAGAAGGUUGCUCAAGCCUACGAAGCGCAGGAUAUCACGAGUUCGACGCCCUACAAGGGCUUCAUUGGCCGACUUCAGGAUGUGUCUGAGUCUGCUUCCGUCGACUUCUGGACGAAGCAGUUCACUACCCAAGGUAGUUUUCCUACUAGUUACCCUGAGGUUGGCCUUGGAUAUUCAGCAGCUUCCAAGAAGACAAUCUCCAUCCAGGGGUAUGCUCCCACUAAUUCCUCGAAUAUUCUGCCUUCUACGAUUAAGAGAGCUGCCUGGGCGUUGACAAUGGCAACGUAUGCUGACUCUGAGGACGUUGUGUUCGCCCAGACUCUCUCCGGGCGCAGCCUUGGGCUUGAAGGAAUUGACAGCAUGAUGGGUCCAACUAUCACCACUGUUCCAGUUCGUGUCUUUGCACCCAAAUCAGGCAUUACUAUUCGGAAGUUUCUCGAAAAUGUUCAGAACCAUUCCAUUGCGUCCAUCGACUACGAGCACUUCGGUCUACAAAAUAUCCGAGACGUUAGUGCAGAGGCACGUACUACUGUGGACAACAUAACUAACCUCUUUGUCCUUCAGCCUGCUGACGAGGGCAAUGAAUCAUACUUGAACAUGGAGCCAGUUAAGCGAGCAGAGGAAAACUUCGACACUUAUCCUUUAGUUAUUCUCUGCAAUCUUAGCGGUGAUGACGAGUUCAACGUCGAGGCCAUGUACGACGAAGAUAUUAUCCCAACGGAACAGAUGACCCGCAUGCUCCAUCAAUUCGAGCACUUCGUCCGGGAGCUCUCUGGAGACGCCUCUAGGUCAAUCGAGCAAAUGAGCCUUCUGAAUAAGUACGAUCUCAAGGAUGUCACCACCUGGAACGCCGAACUCCCUGGCAGCAUUGAUGCUAGAAUUCCCGAUCUCGUACUCCAGAACGUUGCUGCUCGCCCUAACGCCGAGGCUAUCUCUGCCUGGGAUGGUAGCGUCACGUACCGGGAGCUCGACUUGCUGACAUCCAAGCUUGCAAACCACCUUGUCUCUCUCGGGGUUGGUCCAGAGAUCAAGGUCGGUUUGUGCUUCGACAAGUCGAUGUGGAAUGUCAUAACUAUGUUCGCUGUCAUGAGAACCGGCGGUGUCUGCGUGCAACUCUUACCUAACUACCCUAUGCCUCGUAUGCUUAGCAUUCUUGAAGACAUUGAAGCGAAUGUAGUUAUUGUUUCUCCUCAGCAUGCUAAUCUCUUCAAUGGCAUAGUUCCGAACGUCAUCUCUAUUGAGCAAUCAUUCAUUGAUGCUCUACCAUCCAGCUACGAGACCUUCGUUGCCCCUCAGUACGGAACUAAGAACGCUGCUUUCAUUGUCUUCACCUCUGGUAGCACUGGUAAGCCAAAGGGUGUUAUCAUUGAACACCGUGGAUUCUGUACUAUGGCACACUACCAGCUCCCGAAGAUCCAGCUCGACCCAGAUUCACGCGUGCUACAGUUUGCAACUCACACGUUCGAUAUCUGCCUCUUUGAGAGUUUUGCCCCACUCGUCAAGGGUGCAUGCGUCUGCGUUCCAUCUGAGUACGACAGGAUGAACAACCUUGUUGAGGCAAUCAACACUUUAAAAGUGGACUGGGUCAUUAUGGUUUCGACUGUUGCAGAUACUUUCCACCCUGACCAGGUUCCUGGACUCAAGUCAAUUAUUCUCGGUGGUGAGCCGCUCCGCGCCGACAUCCACGCCCGAUGGGCUUCUCGAGUCAAUCUCUUCAACGAUUAUGGUCCAGCUGAGUGUUCCAUUUUGGCUGUCAUGACUCGAUCCUACCUCGACACUCCACCGUCAAUGAUCGGAAAGAGUCAAGGUGGCCGCGCCUGGGUAGUCGAUAAGGCUAAUCACAACCGACUGGUCCCUGUCGGUUGCAUUGGUGAGCUUCUCAUUGAAGGCCCUCUUCUUGCAAGAGGAUACCUCAAGAACCCCGAGAAAACAGCCGAGUCGUACAUCUACGACCCUACCUGGGUAUCCAUGAUCUCCCCUGUUCCAACGCGACUCUACAAGACCGGAGAUCUGGUCCGAUAUGUCCAGGAUGGCAACAUGCUCUGCCUGGGACGCAAGGACACCCAAAUCAAAAUUCGCGGUUUACGUAUCGAGCUUGGUGAGAUCGAGCAUCAUGUCAAGACCAGUUCCUUUGGCGCCCAAAAGCAGGCGGUUGAGAAAAUUCUGCUUGGAGGUGACAUUGAGAAGCCCGCUCUCGCAGCUUUCGUUGUACCUCCUGCUGAGGACAUUGCUGCUGACUCUGUAGAGCUUCUAGCUUUGUCAACAACGCUUAACACCAAGUUCGUGAAGCUUAAAGAGCAUAUCGCCAAGUCUCUCCAGGCUUACAUGGUCCCCUCUCUUUACAUUCCUCUUCGCCGGAUUCCCGAGACUCAAACCAACAAGAUCGACCGCAAUGCCUUGAAGCGCAUCGGAGCUUCUUUGUCUGCCGAUCAAAUCGAAGCUUAUUCCCUAGGAGGCGAGGAAGACUCGUCUUCGAAGCGUGCUCCCUCCACCACCAUGGAGAUUGCUCUCCAGUCCCUUUGGGCUGAACUUCUUCGCAUCGAACCUGCUACCAUUGGCGCUGAUGACAGCUUCUUCAGCAAGGGUGGUGACUCCAUUAAGGCUAUGCGACUUACGUCGAUGGCUCGCAAUGAGGGGAUCCAACUCAUUGUCGCGGAUAUAUUUAAGAACCCUGUUUUAUGCGACAUGGCUACUGUGGCCGUUUCAGGCACUGCUUCAUUUGAUGCUCCCAUUACGCCAUUCUUUCUGGCUCCAUCUGAAGAUACUCUUAUCGAAGACGCCGCAAUUCAAUGCGCUGUCUCUAAGGGAAAAAUUGAGGAUAUUUAUCCAUGCACUCCUCUCCAGGAAGGUCUCAUGGAGCUAGCCACCCAGCAGGAUGGUGCUUACACAGCUCAACGAGUGUUCCGUAUUCAAGACAGCAUCGACAUCCAACGCUUCAAGAAUGCCUGGGGCCAGCUUGUUGCUCUCCACCCCAUUUUGAGGACUCGCAUUGUUCUAUCUAAAACCUCAGGUGCAGUGCAAGUGGUUCUUAAGGAGGACAUUUCAUGGCAGUCCGAGACCGGUCUGCCUGAAUACCUCGCGAGAGACAAGACAGUUGCGAUCAAAUACGGCAGCCCUCUUGCUCGCUAUGCUUUGGACUCGGAGCACCGACACUUCAUCUGGACUGUUCACCACGCACUGUACGACGGACACAGCGCUAACAUCCUCAUGGAGCAGCUCGAAGGUCUCUACAAUGGUGUUCAAAUCGAUGCCGCUCCCAGCUAUAACAGGUUCAUCAAGCUAAUCACCGAAGUUGACGCUGAAGAAUCCAAGGGUUUCUGGAAGAACCAGCUCGGCCAGGGGGGGGCAAACAGCUUCCCUGCUCUUCCUUCGGCCACUUACAAGCCAUCUCCCGAUUCCGAAGUCACACGAACUAUUGAGAUCGCCCGCGAUGCUAGCCAAGGCUUCAUGCUCUCGACAAUUCUUCGCGCCGCAUGGGCUAUUGUGACAAGCCGCUAUAUGGGAUCUGAAGAUAUUGCAUUUGCCGCCACUAACUCGGGACGUAAUGCACCUGUUCAAGACAUAGGGAGCAUUGUCGGACCUACCAUAACCACCGUGCCUAUCCAACUCCAAAUCAACGCGACCUCUACCAUCCCGGAAUUCCUCUCCACAGUCCAGCAGCAGUCCACCAAGAUGAUUCCUUUCGAACACGCUGGUAUCCAGAACAUCUACUCCAUGACCGGACUAAAGCAAAACCUGAAGAACCUAUUCGUCAUUCAGCAGCCUCUUAGCGACAUCCAACAGAGGCCCAUGCUUGAGGAGGUUCUCGACAAGGAACUUCUCCGUGGCUUCCACAUUUAUGCCGCCGUUGUGGAAUGCAUGGUCCUGAGCGAGAACAAGAUCGAUAUCGAGCUUCAAUUCGAUCACAAGGCUCUCCCAGAAGCGUCCGCUCGCAUCGUUCUGGACCAGUUUGAGCACGUUGUCCACCAGUUGGUCAACGCACCGCCAUCCGCUUCGCUCAAGGAUAUUGGUUAUGUAACCCCUGCCCAUGUCCAGCAAAUGGUUGAGUGGAACAACCGGGUCGACAUACAACCCGUUGAAGACUGCGUGCACAAUAUCUUCCGGCAGCAAGUCAAGCUCUGCCCUGAUGCCCACGCUGUGACUUCCUGGGAUGGCUCACUUACCUACAGGCAGCUUGAUCAACUCACCGACAAGCUAGCUUCAUUCCUCGUUGAGAAGGGAGUUGAGCCUGAAUAUCUCGUCCCAAUGUGCUUCGACAAAUCCAUGUUCACGAUUGUCGCAAUGAUGGCUACACUCAAGGCGGGAGGUGCUUGCGUCCAUCUCGGCAGAAAUUCUCCAAUUGCCCGCAUGAGCGAGAUCAUUGAACAGACCGGUGCCAGCAUCGUCCUUACUGACAACAUCCAUGCCUCCAAGUUCGAUGGAGUUAGUGAGGCAAUUGUCAUCGACCAGCCUCUCCUAGAUUCCUUCACUUCGUCUACCGCACUUCCUGAGGUUUCUCCAUCCAACCCUGCCUUCGUGUUGUUCACUUCUGGUAGCACAGGUAAACCGAAGGGUGUGGUGGUUGAGCAUGGCUCUCUCUGCACCAGCUCUAGGGCUCACGGAACGAACCGUAAGAUCGGCCCCCAUACCCGGCUUUUACAGUUUGCAGCUUAUACUUUCGAUGUGUCUGUCGCUGAUAUCUUCACCACCCUCCAGCGCGGAGGAUGCAUCUGCGUUCCAUCGGAGGAUGAGCGCAUCAACGAUCUAGCUGGCGCGAUCAACAGGAUGAAUUGCAACUAUGGAUUCUUGACACCGACCGUCGCUGGCAUGCUCGACCCCAAGACUGUGCCUGGCCUCAAAAGGCUCAUCCUCGGUGGAGAGUUGCUUACUCAGGACAACGUUCAGCGAUGGGCUCCCAUGGUGGAUCUCAUCAUUAGUUACGGAAUGACUGAGUGCAGUAUUCAUUGCGUGGACGCUGUUCCUCUUACCCUUGAGAGCGACCCCGCCAAUCUUGGUCGGCCCUCUGGAUGCCACAUGUGGAUCGUCGACGCCGAGGAUCACAACAAGCUCGCACCAAUUGGCGCUGUCGGCGAGCUUGUGAUUGAAGGAAGAAUGGUGUCUCGCGGAUACCUGAACGACAAGGCCAAAACCGACGCCGCCUUUAUCCUAGACCCCCUCUGGGCUCAAGGAUCCGGAAAGACUCGUCGUAUGUAUAAAACCGGCGAUCUCUGCAGAUACAGCUCUGAGGGAGAAAUUUGUUAUGUCAGCAGGAAGGACUUCCAAGUCAAGCACCACGGCCAACGUAUCGAGCUUAGCGAAAUUGAGCACCACCUUGUCGCCGACUCACGAGUCAAGCAUGCCGUUGUUCUUCUACCUAAGACUGGAUACCUACAGAAGAGGCUGAUUGCUGUACUGUCUUUGGAGUCUCUGGCACUGCCUCUUACCCCAGAAACUCAACUCGCAUUGGUUUCCGGCCUCGACAAGGGCAUGGCGGAUGUCCAGGUCUCCGGUGUACGCAACCAUCUCGCAACGAAGGUUCCUGACUAUAUGGUGCCCGCGGUGUGGGUUAUCACCCGCGCGCUUCCGUUGACACCAAACAACAAGAUGGAUAGGGUUACAACGACGAAAUGGCUUACAGAGAUAGAUGAGCGUGUUUACGAAUCGAUUGUUGGAGGAGAUGAGGAGGAGGAUGGCGCACCAGCAACCGCCCAGCAGAAGCGUCUUCACGACAUUCUCGCAGGUGUACUUGGCCUGCCAAGUAUUAAUAUGAACCGAUCGUUUCUCGACCUCGGUGGGGAUUCGAUCACGGCUAUGCAGCUGCGGGCCAAGGGCCAGGCUGCGGGUAUUUCCCUCACCGUUCGCGACAUUUUGACUUGCGAGAGCAUCUCGCAUUUGGUGGUUGAGGCAAGUUUCCUUUCAGAAGACGGAGUUGGGUUUGAAGAAGUUGUUAACCAGGCCUUCCCAUUAACCGCUUGGCAACAAGCUUGCAUCGACGCUCAGACGGAAAGCCAGACGCUCUUGCUUCGAUUGGCCUCAUCGACAACCGUGCCUAAGAUUGUCCGAGCUAUCGAGGCUCUCGUACAGCAACACUCUAUGCUUCGUGCUCGCUUCGCACUCGAUGCUGAGGGGCAUUGGAGCCAGACUAUCACUAAGGAGCUUGCGACAUCCUACAAGUUCGAGGCGCAUGCUAUUGCUACUAGUGCCGAUGUCAAACCUUUCUUAUCCACCAUUGGAUUGGAAUUGGAUAUUGAAAAUGGGCCAUUGUUCUCUGCUCGCCUUUUUGACCUCACAGAAGAAUCCAACCAGCAAACCAUAGCUAUCACGGUCCAUCCUUUGAUUGCCGAUACUACUUCCAUAAGGAUCAUUGCUCAAGAUCUCCGAGAGAUGAUCCAAGGAAACAUGAUUUCCUCGAAGAAGACUCUUUCCUUCCAAUCCAGGCUUUCUCGCGAUCACACCGUGCCUAUCCAGGAGACCCCAACGGUCGACCUUACUGCUUGGGGUAUCAACAAGGCUGUCCUGACUACCAAUAUGGUUGAGAGAUCAUUUACUAUUCCUUCUGGCGUUACUUCGUCGCUCUUGGGCUCGAGCAAUAACGCGCUCUCGACGGAACCCACCGACAUCUUAGUCGCUAUUCUGGCUAAGGGAUGGAAUACUGUCUUCGGACGUCCGUCGUCCAUCGCCAUCAAGGAGGAAUCUCGCACCUUCAGGACCGUUGGUCAAUUCAACCGUAUUCGCCAAUUACCCAAGACCGCCAGCCAGGAUUUCAUCCAGCUUCUGAGUGAAGUCAAGGACAGCCGCGCUCAAAAUGAAAUGUGCUUGUCUUUAACACAGCCACUUCCCGCCGCUGUUGAGAUGCUGGUUGAGUCCAUUGACUACACCACCUUUGGCAACGAGGAAGCACUUCAAUGCACCAAAUCCAUCGUUCCUCAAGCCAUCGUCACCGUUUCAGCCAUUGUGGUCAACGGCGAGAUCACUCUCAGAUUCACUCACAGCAGCGAAAUCGCAUACCAAGUUUCCUUCGCCUCUUUCAUCAACGUCGUGAAACAACUCAUCCCGACCGUCUCGGCGACAUUGGCGAAUAUGGCGCGCAAGGCUACACUAAGUGACUUUCCUCUUUUGAAAUUGGAAUACGCACAACUUUCUUCCCUCGAAAAGGUUCUUUCUAAUAUCAACGUUCCAUUAGCGAAUGUUAAUGCAAUUGUCCCAUGCACGCCGCUCCAGCAACGCAUGUUAAACAGCCAGAAGGUAAUUCCAGGGUCCUACGAGUCUGAUACCGCGCAUAAGAUCACUACAGGUGGUACACCCUCUGUCGACAUUACUCGUCUGCAAUAUGCCUGGAAAGCCGUGGUCGCGCGUCAUGAGGCUCUCCGCACGAUCUUCAUCCCUAGCUUCAGCCACAAUGCGCCGAUGGAGCGACUCCAACUGGUACUGAAGGAAUACGUCCCUAUGGUCGACGUGAUUCAGUGCGAUGAGAACAACAUAACCCGCAUCAUCGAAAGCCACCAUACCGUUGACCACACAAGCUACAGGCCGCACGUUGGAUUCACUGUCUUCCAAACCGAAUCUUCGAUUUACUGCAAGCUUGAGAUCAGCCACGCGCUGCAAGAUGGCAUGUCCACACGGAUUAUCUACCAAGACCUCGUGCUUGCAUACCAGGACCUUCUUCCAGAAGGCGUCGCUCCAGGAUUCAAGGAAUACGUCAAGUGGCUCGCUGAGCAAGAUCUGCAGCCUUCGAAUGACUUCUGGACGGGAUACAUUGCGGAUAUCGAGGGCUGUCAGAUUCCUCGCGCCAAUACUGAGCCAGACACCGAGAAGGGCGAAAACGUCCUUGUGCCAAUCACCCUAGAUGUCACCGCCCAGUCUAUCGCCCAGCUCUGCCGCACACACAAAAUUACAUCGGCGACGCUCUUCCAAGCCGCGUGGACGCUUGUCCUACGCGCCUUUACUGGCAAGGAUGACGUGCUCUUCGGAUACAUCACUGCAAACCGCGAACUUGAUAUCGCGGGCGUGGAUGAACUUGUUGGGCCGAUGAUCAACAUGCUUGCGUGUCGUCUUGAGAUUUCAGAAAACGGGUCCGGAUUGGAGUUGCUGAAUAAGACGCACGAAGAGUUCUUGAAGUCCCUGGACCACCAACACGGCUUUGUGGCUGCUGCAAAUGCGAAGGAGGAAGCGGAUGGCAUGUUGCCGUUCAAUUCCGUCCUGUCUAUUGAGUACGCAAGUGAGGACUCUGGUAACGGGUAUUACUCCGCUGCCGCCCCCGAUUCGGCUGCAGCUUCAUCUUCGCUGCUCAACUUCGACACUCUGUACGGCUCGCGUGCGCCAGAGUUCGACGUCGUGCUUGGAGUAUUGUUAGGGGAGACGAGUUUGGAAGUCCAGCUUGGGUAUUGGAACGGGAUCAUGGAGGAGGGGAUGAUGAAGAAGAUUGCGGGAAUGUAUAAGGGGAUUGUGGAGGAGUGGGUUAGGGGUGAUGUUGAGGAGAGUGUGAAGGGGUUGGCUGCUUUGAAGUUGUAAAUGGAUAGGGGUGAUGAUGAUGGCGAUGAUAUGGCGAUGAUGAGGUUUUCUUUGUUUGUUAUACUCUAGUUAUGUUGGCGUUUUUGAAUCCGGGGAUGGGAUCUAUAUGCUUUGGAGUUUAGACUGUGUCUGGCAUUGGGGGAAAUCUACCUUGGCGUUGGGGUUGCUUUUGGAGUUGGUGGUUUGAGAUCUGUAUCGUCC